AUGGCCGAAACGAGUGUCGACGAAGCCGAAAAGUGCAGUCUCAAGAGAAGGAAGAAGAACGACACUGCAUCUGCCAAGGAGCAAUCAAUGAAAGCCUCAGACAAAGAGACAAAAGUCGGCGUCGAUGAGAGGACGGCACAGAUGUGGAGGGAAGAAGGAGUCAAAGGAGGGAGAGGGAUGAAUUUCGAUGUCGUCCAGGUUGACCUCCAGAAGAUCAGGGACCAGGAAACACAGGGGGCGGUAGACUGUAGCACUAUGUUGAGAUUAUUGGAAGAAGAGGUUGAUGGAAAAGGACGGAUUGAUAAUAAGAAGUUGAAGAAGGAAUGGAUGAAGUUAGGAUAUGAGAAUGGAAAGAAUGAUCAAAGAAGUGUGCAGUCAAGUCAUGAGGUGGUCAAUUCACGGUCAUGGAAAGGAAAGAAAAGAAGAGACACGCGCUCGCAGUCAUUGAGUGGAAGCUAUUGGACUAAGACCGAGACGGGCUUAGAGGCUACCGACGACGGACAACGGCGAGCCAGUCAGGAACUGAAAGGAGAGGAUUGGUGCAUCUUUUCAGGGGGAGCUGAAGGCCAAGUCUCGUGGUUCAGAGAGACAGACAACGCAUUGCCUCUGUUGGGUUGUGGAGAAGGGGAGGCUCUGGGGCCUGGGGGGACACUGGACAAGGGGACCAUUGCCUAA